AUGGCCACACCAGGCACUCAGUGUAUGAUGCAAGCAGGCCUAACAGCUGGCAUGUCGGCCACCCAGGGCAUGCACUCCCCACGCUCCAACCCGGUAGACACCCAUCUCAGUGAUCCAGUCAGCAUGCUUCCACCCGACCUAAAACCAGACUCAAAAAGCCGAAUCGCCUUGCGUUGCGUGGAUGGUAAGGAUGUACUUGUUCCUUACCUGAGUAUUGGUGCAUGGUCUUGGGGCGACAAAGCAAGCUUUAACUAUAACCCAGCACGAGACCUACCGCACAUCCACGCAGCGUGGGCCAAGCUCAAGUCUGUUGGGUUGACCUUCGUGGAUACAGCGCAGUCCUACGGCGACGGUGAGAGCGAGCGGAUCUGCGGGACCCUAUUCCGGGACAUGCCCCGCGACUCUUUUGUGGUGCAGACUAAAUGGCUAUCGACACCAGAUAUGGCCAACACUAUCAUGCAGGCCGGCGGGCCCAAGUCUAAGCUUGAAGAUUCGCUCUUGCGUCUUCAACUAGACUACGUCGACAUCUACCUCGUCCACGGGCCUAUCCACCCUCUCAAGAUAUCCACUGUCGCCAAGGGCAUGGCCGACUGUGUGAAGUCCGGGAUGGCGCGCGCGGUUGGAGUGGCUAAUCAUGACACUAAGGAGAUGAUCAAGAUGGCUGAUGAGCUGGCCAAGCAUGGCGUCCCGCUCUCUGUCUGCCAGUGCGAGUACUCAAUCGUCCGCCGCUUGCCUGAAGUUAGCGGCGUGAUUCGAGAAUGCAAAAAGAGGAGUAUUUGCUUCCAGGGCUUUGCCUCGCUGGCUCAAGGCCGUCUUUCCGGCAAGUAUUCGCGCUUCAAUGAGCCCCAGCGCAAGCGGCGCUUCAGCAGUCAUCCCAUGCAUGUGCUAGAACCUACUAUCAAUGUCUUAAAGACUAUCGCCGAGGAGCGGCGUGUGCCUGUUCCUGCUGUUGCGCUAAAUUAUUCCAUCAUAAAAGGUGUUCUGCCACUAGUUGGCGUGCGUGAUGCUCGUCAAGCGGAACAGGAUAUGCAGGCACUCGGAUGGCGGCUGACGGAAGAUGAGAUGAAACAGAUUGAAGGAGUCAGUCUACAGGGUAGUGUAUCCUCAUUGAUGCAGCACGGGUAG